UAGGCGUCAUAGGUCGUAACCGCCCCCCCUAUCAGCCAUGAGCAACAAACCCCAACCCCCUCUGAUGAAGAAACACAGCCAGACAGAUCUGGUGAGCCGGCUGAAGACCAGGAAGAUACUGGGCGUCGGAGGAGAGGACGAUGACGGAGAGAUACACAGGUCGAAGAUCAGUCAGAUGCUCGGAAAUCAGAUGAGGUUUGGUGUACGAGAGCCAAUAGGCCUCAGGAUAUGGAUUCUCAUGUCUGCUGUUCUGUUCACAACCACAGCCUUAAUAGCACUAGUGUUCCCCAGCCAGCUCUAUGAGUUUGUGUUUGAGCUCAAGACCACCAGGAUCUCCAUCAGACUCUAUGGAGGAGCACUACUCAGUGUCUCCUUGAUCAUGUGGAAAGGUCUGUACACAGCAGAGAAGGCCAUUAUCCAGUGGACCCUGCUGACCGAGGCCUGCCUCUUGUCUGUCCAGUUCCUGGUGACCAGCAUCACCCUGGUGGAGCUGGGUCUGAUGUCAAACUCUGCCAUCCUCCUCCUCCUCAGUGAAGUCCUCUUCCUCAUCAUCACACUCCUCUACUACUACCACCUGGGUCGCAGGACCAAGAAGACCCAGAACCAUACACAUAGUGCUGAUUAG